AUGAAUGUCCCAGACCCAGACAAGGUUAUCGCCGUCUUUCGGAUUCCUGAGUGUGCAAAGAGUAUAUUCAAGCAUCUCACGCGGUAUUCUCUCAAGUGCCUCCGCUUGACGUGUAAAGACUUUGAUGACUUAGUUGUUUCACCUCUUUCCCAUCUCUUCAGCCGUGUGUAUAUCUCAUUCAAUAGGAUGGACUUAUGGGUACUGGGUUGGAUGUCCCAGCAUCCUCGAAUUGCGCCAUGUGUCGAGGAAUUGGUGUGGGAUGUCUCCAUGGAAAUAAAGAGACGUGCAGCAAUUGGUGCUCGUCACUCCAAGAAUCCUUACGACAUCGGCCGCAUCAUUCGAGACUAUAACAUAGGUUGGGAAGAGGGAAUGGAUCUAGGAGGUCUGUACCAGACACUCCCGCUUUUCCCGCGACUGAAACAUAUUACCAUCACCGAGCUGAUGUCAAGAUGGAUGACGAUACCCCAUAGGUGCCAGUCAGCCACCCGUCAACUACCACCAACGAGACCACAUGGCCCAUGCUUUGAAUCUCCUGCUAUGCGCCAAUGGCGGAUGCUACAGAUGGGUCCGGUAGAGGAAAAUGUUUACAAUUAUCUUGAUUGCUGUUCCAGGUCUUGUAUACAAGAUCCAGACGCAGAAGCCAAGCUUGUUGCGUUUCUCCAAGCCAUUCGACACGACAGUGAUCGCGCUCAUCUCAUAUUUCUGAAAUACGGCUGUCGUUGGGAUAUACAGCUACAGUCCUACUGUAUUGAUGCACCGCCACCUCCCACAUCAUCCCGUCGACCAUUCAACGGGAUGGACCUCCGAGCCUACUUGGACAGUGACGAACAGAAAGAGAUGUUCUUGCCACACCUCCGCUUCCUCAGAAAGCUAUCGCUGUCAUUCGAUAAUACAAAUGAUAGUAGCCAGCUACAUGAUUGGCAUGAAGGAUUUUAUACCGGACGUCUUGAGACGCUCCAACUACGGGUCUACAAGCAAGAACAUUUUCUAUCAUCCAUGCUUGGAGCAUCGUUUCCAUGCCUUCGAAAGUUAGCUCUGAGCAACUUUGCACUGGAGGAUUGUCAUCUCGAAGACAAAUUACUCCCCUGGUGUUUCGAAACCAAGCUACAUACCCUUGACUUAGAUGUAAUGUUCGUGACAACGCGCAGAUUAACUGGACGGGACGUUAUGAACUGGUUGAUAUCGAAGGACGUCGACCGCUGCAAAUAUCCUCCCAGUGAUAGCAAUAGUGUCAACUCGUCCAGCCGGGACAGCAUACAAGGGGGUGUUGUUCCCGACAACCACUCAGGAAAUGAUGAAACCAGAGCCUCUGGUGAGAUGGAUAAUACUGAACCAACAAUUUCGUCCACAGAAUUAGAGGGUGAAUCGUUUAAUCUAAGGCUCUCUGGAGCUACCUGGGGAUGGGGUAGCGAGCUACUUCAUGUCAAUAUUCAUCUCUUUAGAUGGGCUGAGGCAGAAUGA